AUGUCUUAUCUGCGUAGCUGGUUUUCGCUUGAUACCUCAAGUCCCGUGACCACGGUUGAGUCCAACGACUCCUACCCAAACCAGUCACUUCCGGUCCUAGAAGUUAAUGAAGAUGAUGAGGACGAUGGAUCGGACACAGCAGGUGAAGACGACGUACCGCCCGCUUUCCCAGCGAUCAACAGUGCACAACGUGCUGCCACUUCGCCUUCUUCAUCUUCAGACUCAUCCAGGGGAUUCAGCAUACCAAACAUACUCACCGACUCUGCAUUGAUGCCCCCACCGCCUGCGCCCAGCCUUGCUACACGCCGACCAGGUGUUCCGCCUCCACAGAGUUCAUCGUCUCUUCUUGCACCUAUGACUACGACUCAACCACCCAAACGACUUUCUAGACGGGAUAAAGUUGCUUUAGCGCCUGGAUUUGGUCCUCUUGAUUGGGGAAAUCUCAAGGCAUCUGGCCAGAACUUACGCGGAGUUGAUGCAUUAAUGCGCAUUCCACCAUCUGUGCUUAAGUUGCACAACAAGAAAGAGGAUGCUUGGACAGCGAUCAACGGGAAGGUCUAUAAUAUCACACCCUACCUCCCAUAUCAUCCAGGUGGUGAAAAGGAGCUCAUGAGAGUAGCGGGUAGAGAUGGAACUAAGUUGUUUUCCCUGACACAUGCAUGGGUGAACGCGGACUUCAUGCUUGAUGCAUGCCUGGUCGGAUUUCUAGUUUCAGAACCAAGCUAA